AAGAGUAGCAGAUACGCCAUCCAAUUGUAAGGCAUUGACCAAAUUAAUUUAUUUAGCCAUGUUGAUUUUGUAGCUGUGCAUUAGUCAUGAUGUAUAGCUUAUUAUAUAUCUUAGGAUACUCCUAUAAGUUCAUGUUACAUAAGUCAGACCUUACAAUUCAUACUUGCAAAUUUCACUCUACACAGUUUAAUUUGAGCUUGUAGAGAAGAAAUGGCAGUUGGUAUUGUCCCAACAAGUGAGGGUUCCGCGGAUUACAAUGGAAGGAUUACGUGGUUUGUGGUGUUAUCAUCCAUCGUUGCUGCAACCGGAGGAAUCAUCUUUGGUUAUGAUAUCGGAAUUUCAGGAGGAGUGAUCUCUAUGGCGCCGUUUCUGAAGAAAUUCUUCCCAGAAGUGUUCACUAAGAUGACACAUGUAGCUGAAAUAAGCAACUACUGUGUAUUUGACAGCCAACUACUGACCUCUUUCACUUCCUCUUUAUACAUUGCUGGUCUUAUUGCUUCCUUCUUGGCCUCACCAGUCACUCGUACAUAUGGCCGUAAACCAACAAUUAUAAUCGGUGGAAUAGCAUUUCUCAUCGGUUCUGCCCUUGGAGGCGCAGCAUCCAAUAUCUACAUGUUAUUACUUGGUCGAAUCCUGCUAGGUGUAGGUGUUGGUUUUGCAAAUCAGGCAGUCCCUUUAUACCUUUCAGAAAUGGCACCUGCUAAGUACAGGGGAUCUUUCAAUAUCGCGUUCCAAUUAUGUGUAGGAAUUGGAGUACUAUUUGCUAGCCUUCUUAACUACGGUGUUCUAAAGAUUAAAGGUGGUUGGGGAUGGAGAAUUUCCUUAGCGAUGGCUGCAGCUCCUGCUACAUUUCUAACAAUAGGAGCAUUUUUUCUCCCAGAAACCGCAAACAGCCUAAUUCAACAUGGAAAUGAUCAUCAAAAAGCUAAGAAGAUUCUACAACGUGUACGUGGUACAACCGAUGUGCAAGCAGAACUAGACGAUCUCAUCAAAGCAAGUGACAAGUCAAAAGCCGUCAAGCAUCCUUUUAAGCAAAUCAUUAAACGGAAAUACAGGCCACAACUUGUUAUGUCAAUAUUAAUACCAUUCUUCCAACAGGUGACUGGGAUCAACGUGAUCUCCUUCUACGCUCCAAUUCUGUUUCAAACAAUAGGCCUAGGUGCGAGUGCAUCACUUAUGUCUGCUGUGGUGACAGGUGUGGUAGGCACCAGCGCGACUUUCUUAGCAUUGUUGAUAGUUGACAGGGUCGGGCGAAGGGCUAUGUUCAGUUUUGGGGGAAUCCAAAUGUUUGUAUCACAAAUGUUGAUAGGGAUAAUAAUGGCAGUUAAGUUAGGAGAUCAUGGGGUGUUGAGCAAGGGGUAUGGGCUAUUGGUUUUGGUGUUGAUAUGCAUUUAUGUUGCAGGUUUUAGUUUGUCAUGGGGUCCAUUAGGAUGGUUAGUUCCAAGUGAAAUAUUUCCAUUAGAAAUAAGGUCAGCAGGACAAAGCAUAACAGUGGCUGUGGGGUUAAUAUUCACUUUUAUAAUUGCUCAGACUUUCUUGGCUAUGCUCUGCCAUCUAAAAUCAGGGAUUUUCUUCUUCUUUGGGGCAUGGGUUGCAAUCAUGACUGUAUUUGUCUACUUUUUCUUGCCAGAGACAAGGAAUUUGCCAAUUGAAAAUAUGGAAAGCAUAUGGAGGGAUCAUUGGUUUUGGAAGAGAUUUGUUUUUUAUCAGCAAGACUAUGACAAGGGUGACACUACUUAAAAAGCUAUUGCCACUCAUUUGCUUCUCAAGCAAUUCCAAUAUACUACUAUAAGUUAAACAUAUUUCCUGUUGGAUAUGAAUUGUAAUUUGAAAAAGAUUUACAGUUCAAUACCCUCCAUCUAGGGGAAUUAUAGUUGAUUUUUUAUGGUCUUUUUGUCAAUGUACUCAAUAGUAGUGGCACCUAUUAGUUUCCCAUUCAUAAAAAGUGGCUAAAUUGAUAUUUAUGCAAAACACAGUGACUUCUUCUU